AGAGCGUAACGGAGAAAAGGUAACAGAAAAUGUUCUGCGAGAAGUGAACCCUCUCCAUAGACACAGGGUUUCUGGGGAAAGAGAACGGUAGACGUGAGCUCAUCACCACCUUUCCAAAUGGAAUACCUUCCUCAGAGGCGAGAGGAUGAACAUUAUGCUCCUUCGGUGGAAAUAUCUUAUCUCACGUUUUGGGUCAAGAGUUUGAAGAAACUUUCCUCGCGUUUGCUUUAGAAUACGUAACCGAUGCCCACUGGAAACCUACCGUAUUUGCAUUCUUUUUCACUUUUUGUUGGUGACUAACACAAAGAAAAUACAUUUUUGUGUCAUACCAACACCUACUACUAUAAAAAUGGGCUCAUGGGUAAAUCACAUUACUGGAGAAAUCAGUCAAUAUUACUUAAAAACAACAAUAACAAAGUGCGCUAAAGAUGCUUGUGUCCAGAAAAAUGUAGCGGUGCUUUAUCUGCCACUCUGGCACCGAAGGAAAAGGCGUGUUACCCUCUGCCCACAGUGAAGAAACUCCUGGAGCAGAAGAGAAAAAGGGAGACCUCCUCAGCACCCCCGUUCUGUUCCACAGCGACUUACACCGCUGGUGGCCCUGCAUCCGUCCCAGGUUUGACAUCCGUACCAUCUCCCACUGCUGGGGCCAGUGUAAGCUACUCAGAUAUGGGAGCAGUCAGAUAUGACCUUUGGGAGGUUCCCAGCAUUCAUCCGCCUCAAUCAUCCCUGCAGCAGUGCAAUCCAUUCCCAUUUAUGCCCAACUUUUCCCAGACUGGACAGACUCUUGCCACUGGCUACAGCUCCCAGCAGAUGCAGGACUGCCACGAUGGCCAUACAACACAGCAAUAUUCCAUAACCGAGUGCCCUGUUACUGCUUCUGGGACUGAUAUGAGCUCUGGUCUGUGUUGGCCAUCUGAAUCUAAACAAGAGGAUCACACUAGCCCGUAUAUUCUCCAGGACCUUAAGACGCAGAUGGAUAUAAUGAAGCUACAGGAGGCUCGAACGUUCCUGCAGAACAUGGAUUACAGCAGAACCACCUGGCAAGAUGAUGAUGGAGACACGAUUCUACACAUCUACACUGCUAAAGGUUUAAGGGAAUAUGCUUUUGCUGCUGCAGAGAAACUGUGUGAACUGGGGAAGCUGGACUCCAAGGAGCACAAGGGGAAGACUGCUUUGCUGGUGGCCGUAACAGCAAAUCAACCAGAAAUAGUCCAAGAUUUACUCUCACUUGGUGCAGACAUCAGCACAUGUGAUGUCAAUGGUCAAACCACGCUUCAUCUGGCUGCCACAUAUGGCUUUCCCCGAAUCAUGCAGGUUAUACUUUCGUCCGGACUCCGAGUGGACCUGGAGGCUCGUAAUUUUGAAGGUCUGACUCCUCUGCACUGUGCUGUAAUCUCUCACUGUGGCACGACGAAGGCUAUAAAUGCCUGGCUCGCUGAUGGCAGUCUACAUUCUCAAGCGGAGGACAAACUUAUGUGCUUGCGGUUUCUUAUAAAUGCUGGAGCCUCAAUACUCAGCCAGGAAAUCAAAAGCAACAAGACAGUUCUUCACCUGGCAGUGAAGGAGGGGAAUAUCCAUCUCGUGCGCUUUCUCCUGAGCCUGCCGCUGACUGAUAUGCAGGCCUUCAUCAACCUGAAGGCUCAUGGCCACACCGCCUUACACAUGGCCGCAGGACUGCAUGGAAGCCCCUGUCAGGAAGAGCUGAUCAGACUUCUGCUGAGUCGUGGAGCUGAUCCCAGCAUCCGCAACCUGGAAAAUGACCAGCCCGCUCAUUUACUGCAGAGCGGAGAUAAAGGAGAGAGUCUCAAACUCAUAUUGAAGAAGAAAAGUGCCUCUAGACGGCGUUUUACAUCCUUACAGGACCAAGAGUGACCAGGACUACUUUUGCAGUCCCAGCGUACCCAACCUUCUCCAAUAGAGUUACAGUAAUGAGGGAACCAAUAAUAGUACAGUAUGUACAUGAAAUUAUAAUCGUUAAAAGAACAUCCGUCAUCAAGACAAUCCAUCAGUGUAGAUAGGAAUUAUUAUAUUUUGUUGUGAUUAGAUCUUUGUCAAAAUAGCCAAAUAUUCAGAAAAAUUGCUGCAUGUAGUCUAUCUAGAUUUGAAUAAAUCUAGCUUGCCAUCGGAGAGGAAUGGGAUUUACCUACAGUAUCCUCACAUGAGGAUUAUAAGUAUUGCAUCAUUUUAGUAUGACAGUAAAGGGCAGAGUAGAUUCUGCAUCAAAAAACAACUGAUUCUCAGUAAAUCUAAAUGCUCACUUAGCGUUUGGGUGUAUUCAUGUAGCAUGAAAGCGAUCAAUGAAUUUGUUCAUUAAUAGUGAUUUCAAUGAAAUCGUCAUGAGGAUUGGCAGUUUCCACUUUUAAUUAUGAACCAUAUUGGUUCUCUUAUAUGGGCAGCUAAAUUGUUCAUGGAACCCACUGUAUCAGUGGGAAAUUGUUUUUUUUACAUAUUUAUAUUGCCUUUGGAUGUUAUGCAUUUCAUAUUAUUAUAUUGUGAAUGUUCAAUGGUUCUUUGCAUCACUGCGAAGAACUCUCAUCUUUUUUUACUCCAUAAAGAGUUUUUGUUCUUUUGAGGUUUUAUAAGUUCUUCACAUCAGAGUAUUGGUUUGUGGAUUCUACAAUGAUGUCACACUGUAAAAACCUCAUUGGUUCCAUUUGGAAUCUUUUUCAUCGAAUGUAUGUUACUUUCUUAUAGAGGGAAGAUCUGUUUCAGUAUUUAUUUCAUUGUAAAUUGUGAAUGAUAGCUCUUUAAUAUGUAAUACAGUAGCACACUUGAUAUCAAGUCCUUUAAUCAGGAUAUGUGUCAACUGACUAUGUGAAUGUGUUAUUUUGAUGAGUCAUAUGAGGGGGUGAAAUGUCAGGGGGUUCUGAGGUAAAAAACUACACAACCACACUGAUGUUGUCUUUACAGUCUUUAAGACCUUUUAGUGUCAAGACGUCAUAAUCGAUGACUUAACAUACAUUUAAUUGAGUGGUAUUAAAUAAAAGUAUGAAUCGUUUGAUUUCAAUGUGGGGUUAAUAGUCACCUUUAUCAAGAUUUUAAAUGUUGGAGAUUGAAUCAGAUGUAAGAAAACCAAUCCAAUUUAUCACAAGCAUGAUUCACUGUGUUAAAGUACCCAGAGUCCCUCAGGAAAUUCAAAUGAGGGAAAACACGCCAAUGCCUCUUUCUUGUAAAAUGCUUUGAUUUACAGGACUGUGGAUUUAUGAGAAUUGGUUCACAAUUGUAAUGACCAUGUAGUGAAAUGUAAAACAUUGGUUACUGUUUUAGUAAAUAUUAGAGCAGUUGAACGAAUGAAAUUAUUGACAAAACCAAAGUCUGACAUCUGGCAUUAAAGUGUGCAUAUAUACAAUAUUACAGGGAUGAUAUAAAGAUAUUGUAUUUGUAGUUUGAUAUUUACAUAUCAUAAAAUAUCCAUGUU